GUGUAUAAGGGAUUAUGUAUGUAAUUUUAUUUUCAGCAAGUCUAUCUAACCUAGUGUCCUAAGACUUUACCAGAAUCACUAAGGUUGCUUUUUCUAAUGCAGAUUCCUAGACGCCACCUAGACUCAUUAAAUUAGACUUCAUAAUGGACAGACCCUAAGAGUCUCCAUUUUUACCUUGAUUCUUUACACCUCUAUUGCAACACAGGGCUUAGACUGAAAGCCUAGACCAGUUUCACCAAAGGAUGGGUUAAGUAGGGUGGAAAAAGGGGGUUUUGGAGUCUCCUGAUGUCGGAACUCUGUACUUAUAAAGUUGUUGGCUGGCUCAGGCAAAAGAAAUCGGGCAGCCACCUUCACACGAAUCCUGAUAUGGCACCAAGUGCAGCCUCAGAGGUCCAGCCACACAGCUCCCUCUCGGCCAUCCCAGCUCCUGAUAAAUAGGUUCCUGGGCCAGAAGUGUGUCUACUAGCUUUCCUGGCCUCAGCCCCUACACAAGUUGCAAAGGGGAGUUUCCAUUGUAGCACAGGCUCCUGGGAGCCUAUCGACUCUGUCUCUAAAUUGAGGGCUAGAGGGAAGAAAUGAGUAAAGAGCUCAUCCAUUCAACCACACUCUAUUUUUUUUUUUUCCAUAAAAGAGGUGGUGGAAAGGAGGAAGGGGUAUAUGGGAACUCUGUACUUUCUACUCAACUUUGCUGUGAACCCUUUGAAGCUGCUCUAAAAGUCUUUGCACACAUCCACACACACACACACACACACACACACACACACACACACACACUGGCUUGGUAAGCCUAGAAAUCCUAUAGGACCUUUAGUAUGUAACUAAUAACACUUCCUAUGCUCUGGCCAUUUCCUUCGACUAUUAGCAUUUUAGCCUCAACACAGUCAUGGGAUCAUCAUCUCCAGUUUCAGAGCCCUGAGGUUCAGACUCGGUGAUUUGCCCAGGGUCACCUCGCUAAUGAGUGAGUAGCCCUGCCCGAAGUCACACACACAUACUCUGACCUCAUGCCCCUGGCUCCCCUCCACCACUGCUGCCUCUCGCUUUACUGGUACUUUAUCUCCGAGGCAAGGGAGCUCUCAGAGGGCCACGUGCUGGCCCAACCUAAAAAUAGCUCCCAUUUAUCAAGCACUUCGCUCUACUCUGCUAAGCACUUUGCACAGAUUACCUCUUCUAAUCCUCACAACCACCCUAUGGGCAUUACCGUCUCCAUUUUACAGAUGAGGAAACAGACCUGAGAGAGACUGUGAUGCAAGUCGCACAAGCUAGUUGGUGAUGGAGCCAAAAGUGAGUCCAGGUAGUCCAGCUCCAGAGGUCAGACUCUGCCUUCCCCACCACUAGGGGGGUUGGCGGAGGGGAUGGGGACAGACCCUGAAAAGGGCGAGUUGACAAGACUUCACAGCUCCCUGAACACGGCACAGAGAGAGAAGGAGCCGUUAAAGGUGAAAGGUGUGCAUGUGAACCGCUGAGCCUGCUAAGCCAGGAGCCCCAUUGUAUGAUCUGUGUGCGCGGCCAGGGGAGCUGUUUGAAGCUCAAAGCCUACCACACACACCCCCACCCCACCCCCGGGCUGUGUGAGCGGGGCCACCUCAGUCCUCUUGCGGCUAUUCUGGGCUGCUGUCUGAUCUCCCUCUCUUCCCCAGCCCCUACUUCAGCCCUUCUGCUGGGAGUAGCCGGGUGGGGAAAGGCCAGGCCAGUUACAUAAGCCCAUGGCUGGGACCCCGGAGGCCAGGCUGGAGAGCAGGUGCUUAGCCCCUCCCUCACCACCAACAGUGAAAAUCUCCCUCUGGAGCCCAGCCUCCGGGCGGCCCAGCAUGGAGGCAGCCACAGCUCCCGAGGUGGCCUCCUCAGGAUCCACACUGAAGGUGAAAGAAACGAGCUCAGCGGAUGCAGAAGGACCCCCAGCUUCACCUCGACAGGAAGCCGGCAGCCCCAUUCCCCAGCUCCUGUCCCCUAUAGAAGAGCACCCCAAGAUCUGGCUACCUCGCGCCCUGAGGCAGACCUAUAUCCGGAAGGUCGGAGACACCGUGAACCUACUAAUCCCAUUCCAGGGCAAACCCAAACCUCAAGCCACCUGGACACAUGAUGGCUGUGCCUUGGAUGCCGGCCGUGUGAGUGUGCGCAAUGGGGAGCGGGACUCCAUCCUCUUCAUCCGAGAAGCCCAACGUGCUGACUCAGGUCGCUACCAGCUCAGCGUGCGGCUGGGCGAGCUGGAGGCCACUGCCACCAUUGACAUCCUGGUGAUCGAGAGGCCAGGCCCUCCUCAGAGUAUCAAGUUGGUGGAUGUUUGGGGCUCCAAUGCUACUCUGGAGUGGACACCUCCCCAAGACACAGGCAACACGGCACUCCUCGGAUACACCGUGCAGAAGGCUGACACAAAAUCUGGGCUGUGGUUCACGGUGUUGGAACGUUAUCACCGCACCAGCUUCACAGUCUCCAACCUCAUCGUGGGCAACUCCUAUGCAUUUCGAGUCUUUGCUGAGAACCAGUGCGGGCUCAGUGAGACAGCCCCCAUCACUGCUGACCUUGCCCACAUCCAGAAAGCAGCUACCCUUCGCAAGACUGGGGGGUUUGCACAGCGAGAUUUCUCUGAAGCCCCAAAGUUCACCCAGCCUCUGGCAGACUGCACCACGGUCAUGGGCUAUGACACCCAGCUCUUCUGCUGCGUCCGCGCCUCUCCCAAGCCAAAGAUCAUCUGGCUGAAGAACAAGAUGGAUAUCCAAGGCAACCCCAAGUACCGAGCCCUCACUCACCUGGGAAUCUGCUCUCUCGAAAUCCGCAAGCCUGGUCCCUUUGAUGGGGGUAUCUACACCUGCAAGGCAGUUAACCCCCUGGGGGAGGCAUCUGUGGACUGUCGGGUGGAUGUGAGAGGUAAGGGCAGAACUCAUACCCUCUCUCCACAGCUGGAAAAUUCAGGGGCAGAGCCACAAGCCUGCAUGGAGAAGGGCUUGGUUGGCUUCCCCUUCACGUGCUCUCAGCACUGGGCACCGUCAUCAUCAGGAUGUAUUUGAAGGGCCGUUUUUAUUAUCCAAUAUCUUAUUUCUCUCCAGCACAAUUCUGUAAUAUAGAAAGAAUGGCUAUUUCCAUUCUGCAAAGGAGAAACCUGAAGCACAAGGUGGUGAUCAGCUCCCUCCAAGAUUCCCAGUAUUGGCUAAGUGAGGAGUCGGCACUGUGGUGGAAAGAGCCCAAGACUUUCCUUACUCAGACCGUUUUUCUUUUAUACAGUCUUUGGCCCAGUCCAGGAAGCAGAGAGAGAGAGAAUCCCAAGCAGGCUCCAGGCUCAGCACAAAGCCCCUUGUGGGGCUUGAUCUCAGGAUCAUGAGAUCAUGACCUGAACCCAAAUCAAGAAUCAGACACUUAACCAGCUGAGCUGCCCAGGCACCGCCCCCCGCCCCAUACCUCUUUUAAAGUAUUCAUUCAUUUAUCUCUGCCUGUCACCUUGUUCAGAUCUCCAUCACUGCAUUUAACAUAUUAUUAUAUAAGUGCCUAUUUACUGGUUUCUCAUUUAAUCCAUGAGCACUGUGAGGGCAGGUACAGCCUGAUUCACACUUGUCCCCCCGGUGAUGAGCCCAGUUUCUGACACAGUGGGCACUCUCUAAGUGUGCAUAGCAUGAAUCAGGAAUGAAUGGGCCAUUACGUGCCCUAUUCUUCCCCAUGUGUAGACUCCUAAUUACAUAAUGGACUCUCAAAAAACAUGAGAAGUAUAUCCCUUCCCAAUGCUCCACAAGAAGGUUUCCCAGAAAUUUAGGGGCGCCUGGGUGGCUCAGUCGGCUAAGCGUCCGACUUCAGCUCAGGUCACGAUCUCGCAAUUUGUGGGUUCGAGCCCCGCGUCGGGCUCUGUGCUG